AUGGUAGGGACUUGUAUCAUUUUUGUUGGGUUCAAUUGUCUCAAUUUAUUAACAGCUGCCUGCAUUAUGCUGUCGAAAGUAAUUAAUAUAUAGAGGAGACGAGUGCUAAGAAGGAGAAACAAUGAAAAUUUAAGCUAUUUAUUGGACCCACCACAGCCUCGUGCUGCAGCAGUUAGCCAUGUAAAUAUUCAAGAAAGCCAUGAAAAUAUAGAAGAGUCACAGAAUUUGCUAUGGUUUAAAGAGCUAAAAGCAACUCGGGCAAUGAGGGAACUCGCUUGUACAGUUUGCUUGGAAAAUUUCAUACCAGGUGAGAAAUUCAUUGAGUUGCCUUGUUUGCAUCCUUUUCAUCCGAAAUGUAUUAUGAGGUGGUAUAUGGUAGAUCAUAGCUGCCCAAUGUGUAGACGCCGAUUAGAUUAA